AUGGCACCCUUACCCUUACCCGGUUUUUCUUCCUUCACCAAGUCAUGGCACGCCGAACCAUACCCUUUCAUCUCUCCAACAAGACCAGAGCUCUCCGCUGCUGGCAAGAACGUUGUCAUCACCGGUGGUGGAACUGGAAUUGGACAGGCUACUGGCAUCGCUUUUGCGAAAGCUGGGGCAAAGUCCGUCUCCAUCAUUGGCCGGAGACUGGAAUGCCUUGAGGCCUCAGCAAAGGCGAUUCAGGCUGUCAAUCCCUCGACUCAGGUACUGUCCGAACCGGGAGACGUAACUAAACUUGAGUCUAUAAGCACCGCACUAAAGAGCAUCGUUGACAAAGCCGGCAAAAUUGACGUUUUCAUUGCCAACGCAGGAAUGUUACCGAAAGCUGGACCAGUGUACGGCUAUGACGAGGCUCAGCUCCGUCAAGGUCUUGAGAUCAACGUCAUUGGCGCUUUCAACUCUCUUCAAGCCUUCCUCCCGCUGGCAGGUCUAGAGGCCAAAGUCAUCUACACUGGGUCGGGAAUAGGUCACUGGGCCCCAAUGGCUGAAGUGCCUGGAGUGUUCAGCUACGCAGCGGCGAAAGCAGCAGCUCUCAAAAUGGUAGACUACUUCGCGUUCGAGAACCCGCACAUCCAUGUUGUGAGCAUUCAGCCUGGGAUCAUUGCGACGGGAAUAAAUCCAGACCUCUCUGUUGGUUUCGAUACAGUGGAACUUCCUGCUCACUUUAUGGUAUGGCUUACUUCAGAAGAAGCCAAGUUCUUGAAGGGCAAAUUUGUCUGGGCGAAUUGGGAUGCACAAGAGCUUCUAGGUAGAGCAGAAGAGAUCAAAUCAACUAUGCUCUUGAGGGUGACCUUAAACGGAGUUGAAAUGUAG